UACCAAAUUGGAAUCGCGGGAAAAUAGAGACGAGUUUGUUUUCAGGUCUCGCGAGAUCGGAUAGCUAGGCCAGCCAAAGUGAGGAGGAAUCUCGCGAUAGAUAGAGCAAGAUUUCAGCUGGUGGCCGGGGACGAGGGAAAUGUAGUGGAUACUCUCGCGAGAUCGGACGGUACCGCGGUGGCGGCAGCGGCGGUGGCAGCCAGGGGGAGGAGAAGAGAACCGGAAGUCUUUCAUCUUGAGCGUCCAAUGCUGGAAGCUGCCUGACUUUCUUUACCGGAAACCUUUUUCCGAGGGAUAGGAAGACGGCCCACCUGGCCGGAAGUCCCACCUUCUUGAGCCCCCCCCACCCUUCCAGAAGUUUUCUGUCACCUGUGCUUCCCUCCGUCCCUUCUCCCCGUUUUAUUCUCAUCCCAGAAAAAGAUAUUUAGUGUUUCCCUCCCAGCUGCACAAAACGGGUUAGCUGUUUCCCUCCCCGAGUCCAGGUUCCUUCUUUGGCGCCUCCAUGUAGUUGGAAAGUGGGACCUGGGGGUGGCGGGACCCCUGGGAUGCUGAGGGAGGGGCGGGUAGGACGCAGAACUCCGCUUGUGCUCCUGCUACCAGGACGCGGCCUCCUCAGCCUCUUCCCUCCCGCUGCCAUGCACCCUGCGGCCUUCCCGCUUCCUGUGGUUGUGGCCACUGUGCUGUGGGGAGCGGCCCCCAUCCGGGGGCUCAUUCGAGCGGCAGGGGUUGAGGAGCCUUGCUUUGGGUGCAGCUGGAGGUAGCAAAAGAGUCAAGUCAGGAACGAAAGGCAGCACAUCUAGUGUGGAAUCCAGAUUACAGCGUACCCAUCCUUGGAACUGCCAGCUUUGUGAGGAAGAUGGAAAUGAGGGUUCCUUGUGGAGGCUCACCCAGCCAAUGCCUGCAGCCCCAUUGCCCCACCACCCCCAGCCCCGGUGAACGGGUCCUAAAUGCCCAGAAGGCUGGGUACGCCGCAGCUGUCGUACACAAUGUGAAUUCCAAUGAACUUCUGAACAUGGUGUGGAACAGCGAGGAAAUCCAGCAGCAGAUCUGGAUCCCGUCUGUGUUUAUUGGGGAGAGGAGCUCUGAGUACUUGCGUGCCCUCUUCAUCUACGAGAAGGGGGCUCAUGUGCUGCUGGUCCCAGACAAUAGCUUCCCCUUGGGCUAUUACCUCAUCCCUUUCACGGGGAUUGUGGGCCUGCUGGUUUUGGCCAUGGGAGCAGUAAUGAUAGUUCGUUGUUUCCAGCACCGGAAACGGCUCCAGCGGAAUCGACUGACCAAAGAGCAACUGAAACAGAUCCCUACACAUGACUAUCAGAAGGGAGACCAGUAUGACGUCUGUGCCAUCUGCCUGGACGAGUAUGAGGACGGGGACAAGCUGAGGGUCCUCCCCUGUGCUCAUGCCUACCACAGCCGCUGUGUGGACCCCUGGCUCACCCAGACGCGUAAGACCUGCCCCAUCUGCAAGCAGCCUGUUCACCGGGGUCCUGGGGACGAGGAGCAGGACGAGGAAACUCAGGGGCCAGAGGAGGGUGAUGAGGAAGGGGAGCCAAGGGACCACCCUGCCUCAGAACGGACCCCACUCCUGGGCUCCAGCCCCACCCUUCCCACCUCCUUUGGUUCCCUAGCCCCAGCGCCCGUUUUUCCUGGGCCCUCAACAGAUCCCCCACCCUCUCCUUCCCCCUCUUCCUCUUCAGCUGCCAUCUUGGUUUAAUACUUCCCUUUCCCUGACCUCUGAUGACCUAUUUGCACAGCCCCUCACUCUCCCUCCUGUCUUCUGUGUUGGGGGUAGGGGACAUUUCGGCUCAUUUUCUCCUUCAACCCCAUCACUUGAGGGGAUUGGAGAAGGAAAAGGGUCUGGGUCUUCACUUCUUGGGUUAAUAAAGUUUUUUUUUUCUUUGAACUAA